UCAAUAAAAGUAGGAUAGUAAUUUAUGUAUUUAAUAGCCUCUUCAGUAAUCUCAGACAUUGUCUUCCUGUUUACAGGUCGGAAAAUAAAAACUUGCAGAAAUUGACUGAAAUAAAAGAUUUUUUGUAUACUUUAAUAUCAGUUUUGCUGAACUGACGGGCCAGUACCAUAAUGAUUUUUAUUUGCUUCGAAAGGAGCAAACAAUGUAGUUUAAGUAAAGCGGCAGUUCAAAGAGAAGAAUGCAUAUGCCUUACAGAUAGAGAUCAUCCCUCUCUAUGGUUGAGGAUUAUGUUUUUAUCCAGGAUUAUAAACGGUGAUAUUAAGAAGGGAGUGCUAGCUCGGGUCUUAAUAAUGAGUUAAUACUCAGGACUCAGAACUCUAUUUAAAACCACUUUACCGUUUCAUAUGCAACAAACUCUGGAGUAGCAUCAGUUGGAAGCUUCCUUUUCAAAAAAUAGCAGUUCACUUUAAAUCUAUAAUGGAGUUUCUUGCAAUGCUAAGAAAUGAUUUCUGAUAAGUUUAACAUAGAUCUCUUGUUUGGAAGUUGUUUUUUCUGCUUUAAGCUUUCAAGAUGACAUCUGGGGAAGUUAAUUUAAAAUUAGAAUCUACUGAUGAGGAGGCAUCAGACAGUAAUAACGACCAUGGCUCAGAACCGUUGAUCUCUGUGACACAGAGUACUCCAGAAAUUGAGAGGAAGCAUCUAUUGGAACCAGUCAGUCAGUUGCAGGUUCCCUCUCAGCGUCACCGCUCCAAUUCCUUAAGGGAAGAAUCUCCUGAAGAACAACAGAAGUUUUUCAGCAUGAUUACUCAUGGCCAACGUGGACGUAUAGAGGAUCAGCGCUGUGUUUUGGAUCCUAAUAGAGAUCCUGAAUUACUUUUAAAACUUUUGACCCAAAGCGCACGGAUGGAUGACCAGAGAGUAUCUCUUUCAUCGUUACCAGUAUUACAGAAUGAAGAUAGCAACUAUAAUAUAGAUUCAAGCCACUUCUUUCAUAUGGUCUCAAAAAUUCAGGGCUCCAGGAUGGAUGACCAAAGGUGUUUCUUACCUCAACUUCAAGGCCCUGAGGCACAGCUUUUUCCAAAAAAUGAAAGACUAGUGCCUGUUUUGGGUCUAACUCGCUCAGCCUCCUUCAGCACAAACUCUGAUAUAGAUCGACCAAGUGAUAAAGAGAAACAACGAUGCGUGCUGAAUCUUAAUCCUCAAGGAUUAAGUCCCCAACUCGGUCUAAACGUAGCACCCCAAGAUGCUGAAAACCUCUUCAGUUUGUUGGCAAACUUUCAGGGCAAACGCCUUGAUGACCAGCGUAUGUUUCUUCCAUCAUUACCAGGAAUAGAGAACGAAGGCACAACAUCAACACCGACUCCUGCCGAUAUGGAUGCAAGAUAUUUAUGUUAUUUGGUUUCAAGAGUCCAGGGCUCAAGGAUUGAUGACCAAAGAUGCUCUGCACCCCAAAUCAUGAAAAAUUUGAGUACCCCUUCAACUGAGCGCAAAAACCUCAGAAUUGGUGGAUCUGAUGAGCGUCCUCAGGGUUCUGCACUCUUUAAUAUGCAUCAACAUGGCCAGGAUUUAUCUACACCUGAGCAGGAGCAUUUUUAUGAGAUGAUAAGACAUGCACAAAGUGCACGUAUGGAAGAGCAGCGUUGCCAUUUGCAACCGUGCCGAAGCACAGGUGCCACUCCAGUGCACAAUGGAGGUCCUUUGAAGAAUGAACUCAUGGGGUCUAAAGCUAUUGCAUUUGUCAAUAGCGAGUAUUGUAGUCAGACAAAGCCACAAGAUGAUCAACAUAGUCCACUGCCAGAGAUGAGUGGACAAUCUGAAGUAAAAGAAAAUGCAAGAAACCCAAUGGCUUGUUUCCCAGUCUCACCACCGUAUAUUAUAGUGAAUGAAGGAACACCCGCAACAUCAAGGAAGUCCUAUAGCAGAAGUUCCUCUCAGCCCCAAAUAGCAGAUACAGAUUCCAGCUCCAACUUGGCCCUACCCAAGUCUGCUUCAUUUACCCCGGAUACCGAGUCCGGGACGAGUCAAACCUCCCAAGCACAGAUGACGUUGAAAGUAACACUGAGUGUAACACCACAACCAGGAUUUAAGUCUGAUUAUCAAAUACCAGAAGUCUUUCUUACACUUGGUGCUCCAGGGGACAAUGUUGUGAUUCCUCUAAGUCCAGUAUUUGGCAGACCACUGUCUUUAGACUUAAAUCUUGUCCCCAAAAAAGAUGCUAAAUCUCGGCACAAUUCUCCAAGAAAAGCAAGUCCCAGGAAAACCCAAUCACGGCCAUCGUCUCCCUUCCGCGAUAAAGAGCAUCCUGUAAUUUCAGUCCCGAAUGAGAAGGAGAAACCUUUGGCCUGUCCUGUUAGUCCAGAUAAACAAUGCUUCUUUGUAAAAGAGAACAUGCACUCAGCCCAGAUGCACAAGGGAACAGAUCUGGGAGGAGAAAAAUGUAAAGGUGUUCAUAAAAAAGGAAAAGAAAAGGUAGAGCAAGGAAAGAGAAAAGGAGCUGGAAAGAAGGAUGAUAAAUAACUCUGGUUGUACAUAAUCUGUACAUAAACUAAAAUGAAAACAUGAAAUGUCAGAAGGUCAAUUGACACAAUGUAUUUUUUGUGUCUUUUUUUUAAAUAGUGCAAGCAUUUACAAGUUUAUUAUAAAAUCUUGGUUUUAUGAGAGAUGCUUGUCAUUAAAGAGUUGUGAAAGUAAACUGCUCAAAACAAUAAAAGGUUAACUUAACACAAUGUAGCUCCAAGUCAGUAACACUUCUGUGAAAUCAAACUGUCCAUUCAAGAAGCAACACUGAUUGACAAUCGAGCAUGACAGGCUUGGCAGUGGGUCCGUAAUGGUGUGGGGUGGCAUUUCUUUGGGGGGCUGCACAGCCCUCUAUGUGCUCCAGGGGUAGUCUGACUACCACAUAGGUACAGAGAUCCUCAGACCCAUUGUGAGAAGAUAUGAUGGUGUGGUUCCUCCUAAUGCAAGACAUAGUAGACCUCAUGUGGCU